UGUUGACGGUGUGUUUUUCAGAAUUCAACUUUGUCCGCCUGCGCUACGUUGCACGCGAUGGUGCACUAAGAUCUUUGGAGCAGGUGGUGGUCGCUGGAACCGCGGGAAACUUUUCGUUGCUGGCUGGGCUGUUCGUGCAAAGGGCGACCACAAUCGUUCCAUCGACAUUUUCGAGCGAACGGUGUCAGCAUAAGGCUGCGAGGAACUGCCACAUUGUCUAUGCUUGCGGCAAUCGAACGUUCGUAUUCUGGAUAGAGCAGUUUGUGGCGUGCGCAAAUACUUCUGAGCACCAUCGGCUUGGGCAAUCGGCGCCACAUCAUGAGUGAGCUGGCGACAAAAUAUAACCUGAUCGACGAAAAACCACCCUUCAAUGCACCCUUGAAGGCACAGUACAAACAGGGGUUCGCGUUCUACACGAUGCGCGAACGGUUACCAAUCAUACUCACCCAGGUCAUCGAUCAACUGUCGAAAGACAAGGAACAGAUAGUGGCCAAUUUUGGCGGCGAGACGGCCCGCGAUGAGCUGAAGGCGGCGAUCGGAGAAAUAUCGAAGCUGAAGUACGAGCUACAGACGGACAAGGACUUCAAAUCGAUCCGUAGCGCCGUGGGCGAUGAAGCACUCUGGAAUAGCUUUAUUGAGGGGCUUGGCGAAAACAAUUCCUACUACUCGGCCUGCUGGCUGUAUGCCGAAACGUACAUGUACCGACGGUUGAACAACAUCUUCGAAAACACUACAACGCUCCAGAAGCUGGACUACUUCCAGCAGCAAAAACACAAAGCACUAACCAACUCCUACGAUGCCAUGGUGGCCGUGCUGCGAUCGAUUGAAACGUUCAACGAAACCAGCCGGACGCCCGAGGAAAUUGGCGUGUUUUUCCGUAAGCUGCUGAAGCUAAACCUCUGGGGUAAUCGUUGCGAUCUCUCAAUUAGCGCUGGCCAAGACGUCAAACAGGAUGGGGAUCCGUUCAGCUUGCUAGAAGCGCUCGAUCGUUGCAUUGUCAGCGACCAAACUCUCGACAUAUGGCGCUGCGUUUCGUCCGUACACUCGGACAGCGACGAAACCGAGCGAGUCGUAGAGAUCAUCAAUGACAACUCUGGCUACGAGUUGUUCACCGAUCUGUGCCUGGCGGAUUUCAUUGUGCACCAUCGAAUCGCGCCGAAGGUGUGCUUUAACGUAAAAGCCAUACCAUGGUACAUCUCGGACGUGACACCGAAGGAUAUGCAGUGGACGCUCGACACACUGGCAGGCCACACGACGCAACCGCUGCUUUCUCGUUUCGGAACACGCCUAAAACACCACUUCGACACAGGUGCCUUCGAGCUGCGCGCGCUGAGCAACUUUUGGACCUCACCGUACGAGUUUUGGCACAUGAAAGACAUUGCGCCGUCCCUGUAUGAAACGCUCCGUUGCGCGCUGCUGCUGAUAUUCAAAGGUGAUCUCAACUACCGCAAGUUGCUGGGCGAUUUCAACUUCCCCUACACGACACCCUUCGUGGAGGUGCUUCGCGGCUUCCGACCGACCAACCUGUGCACGCUGCGCACCGUCAAAGCGGAUCUGAUUUGCGGGCUGCCCGAUGGACUGGCUGACGAGUUGCAACGGAAAGACCACACCUGGAUGGUUACUGGAGAGUACGGCGUCAUACAGUUUGCCCCCAAAUGAGCCACGGGGCACACGAGAAAAGAAACCGCAGCCCGAAUUUCGUAGGAGUGGGACCAGUAACAGCGUGCUAUAAUAACAGGUCGGAAUUUGUUUGUUGCCAACAGCUGGUUGUAACUUUUUUUUGGUUUUUGGCUAAUAUCAACUCCGCAAUAACUAGUACUAAAGCUCGAGAAUUCACAAGCCAAACGGAUCGAAUCAAUAAACACUGUCUGUUUUCCAAAACUGGUGACUGGUGACUGGUGAAAAAUGGUGAUGUUUGCUGACGAAAAACACAACUUCUUUUCGGACGUUUGAUUAGAGCACGACUAAGGUAUCAAUAGAAUUUACAAUAUUUUAUACCUUCAUAAACAUUGUAGCAUGCUUAUCUACAUCACAUAAAUAAAUUUCUGCGCGAUUACUCACAGAGGCAAUCAUGGCCGUAGCGUACAAUCGGGAUACUGGAAGCGAUUCAGUUGAAAACAUGGAAAGGAGCUCUUUGUAAAGCUAUAAGGUGCACGAGGCAGCGAUCAAGUCAUGUUAGGACAUGCAUCGGAAACGAUAUUUGGGUGGUCGAGCCGAUCAGUAGGGAUCGAAGUUAGAGAAUUCAGUUGCGAUCAAGAAGGGGAAUGUGAAAGUCGAACUUGGCGAAGAAAAGUAAAAAAAAAAUUUUGAUCGCGCGUGUUCGAUUCGGAACUACGAAUCGAAGUCGAUUGGCAAAACCUAUUUCUCAGACUUUAUUGAUCGCGACUAAACAAUAGUGUUUGUUCCGAAUUCGUUACUCAAUCGGGCACACUACCGUGGGAAACAAUC